AUGCGGGCACACAACAUUCCCAACUCGGCCAAUCCUUCAAUUACUCCCCGUCAAACCCGAAGGCCAAGGCGGUUCAAAAUUAGGCUUAACCUGAAUUCAUUUACAGAUGAGGAAGUCCUUCAACAUUUUAGACUAUCAAAAGAUUCCAUUAGAAUGCUUUAUGAAGAAAUCAAACUACACAUUGACAGACAGACAAGAAGAAGUCACGCUAUUUGUGGAAUGUCUAAACUCCUAGCAGUACUUCAUUACUUAGCUAGUGGUUCUUUCCAGUACUGUGUAGCCUCCAAAAUAGGUUUCACGCAACCCACAUUCAGCCGCUGUCUUCGUCAGGUUGUUAAUGCUAUUGUGAACAUCAGCACCAAUUACAUUAGCUUCCCAUACAGCAUCUCAGAAAGGGAGGAAGUGAAGCAAAAGUUUUUCCAAAAAUAUGGUAUGCCUUUAACAAUCGGAUUAAUAGAUUGUACGCAUAUCGCAAUCAUCCCACCCGCAGCAGAGGAACAAAGCUACAGAAACCGGAAGAAGUUCCACUCUUUAAAUGUUCAACUAAUAUGUGGCCCCUCCGGUGAAAUUUUAGACAUUGUCCCCAGAUAUCCUGGAGGAACCCAUGACUCAUUCGUGUUAAGCGGAAGUGGAAUUGGCCAACUAUUUCAAAGUGGUUAUUUUGGUGAUGAUUUAUUAUUAGGUGAUAACGGGUAUCGCCUUACUCCAUGGCUACUUACCCCUAUCUUUCGCCACGAACAGACGCCCAGCAACGCUAUAAUCAAGCGCACCGAAGAACACGGAGCCAAGUGGAAAGAGUUUUUGGACAGCUCAAGUCACGUUUUCGCUGCCUAG